AGGCUGGUCCAUCAUGUAGGGCCCAACUCAAAGUGUCAAUAUCCCCCACUAUGUAAUCAUAGUUGCUCAAUCAAUCCAUACAUCUUGACAAUGACCUUAGUAAUGGAUCCAUGUUGUUAUCAAUUUGUCAUCAUCCAUCAUGUGGAGCUCACAAUUUCAAUGUUCCAUCAAUCUCAUAUUCUCUUUCAUAGGGUGACCCUAACCAUAUGAGAAUUUGAUCCUAAUCCCUAAUAUUUUCAUCAUACGAGAAUUUGGUCCUAAUCCCUAAUAUGCAAUCCCUUUAACAGACUUCUCUUACCUUUCCAAUGACCUCCUAUUGCUUUACGUGCUUAACCUGAAUAUUCAAGUAGGGAUUUCCGUGGUGAUUUCAUGGUAUCUUGUCUCCGUAAGUGUAGGUGAGGUUUAUGAGAUGGAUAGCGACGAUGAAGAAGAGAUGGCCGAGACCGUGGUGGUGCUCGCAGUGGCCGCAUGCGUCGCUGCUAUUGGGGAAUAUUAUCGCCACUAUAUGUUAAGAGAACCGCCGCGUCAAGGGGAAGACAAGCAGGCAAGAUUUAUCAGCUCUAUCAUUCGUGCAAGUGACAGGGACUGUGUUACGCAGUUGAGGAUGAAACGAGAAGGUUUCUUCUCACCAUGUAACAUACUAUAGGAUAAAACGUAACUACGCGAUACUCGUAACGUUAGUCUUGAGGAGCAAUUAGUCAUAUUCCUCCAUACAAUUGGACAUAACGUGCGUAAUCAUGUGAUAGGACACAGGUUUAUACGUUCAGGUGAAACCGUAAGUCAUCACUUUCACCGUGUGCUUGAUGCAAUAGUGUCUUUGUAUCCUGAAUUUGUUAAGCAGGCCGGUACUGAUACCCCCGCCGAGAUUCAAUCAAAUCCUUAUUGGGCCACUUAUUUCUAGGUACCAUUUUCGAUAUGAAGAAGGCUUUUCUGUUAUUAUGUUGAAGUAAGUUAUUAUUUACCAUAUUAUCUUAUAAGUGAAAUUUGAUAUCAUGCUAGAUGGGACUGUGUUGGUGCGAUAGACGGGAUGCAUAUUCCCGCUCACGUGGAAGCAUCCCAACACCCAAGCUUUCACAAUAGGAAGGGUGUCGUAUCUCAAAAUGUGCUUUCUGCUUGUUCGUUUGACAUGACAUUCUUAUACGUGCUAGGUGGAUGGGAGGGUUCUGCUUCGAAUGCACGAGUCCUACAUAACGCACUGACGCGAAGUGAUGAUCCACUAAUUGUCCCACACGGAAAAUAUUUCAUCGUCGACGCAGGAUACGCUCACUCACCUGGAUUCUUGGUGCCUUACCGCGGUGUUCGAUAUCACUUGCAAGAAUAUCGACCUGGGAGAGCACCCAUGAAUAAGGAGUUAUUCAACUACCGACAUGUACAAUUGCGAAACGCAAUUGAGCGUUGUUUCAGUGUAAUGAAGGGUAGAUUUUCUAUUUUGAAGACAGCUGCACAAUAUCCAUUUGAAACACAGGUCAAGAUUGUAGUAGCUUGUUCUUUACUACAUAAUUUCAUUCGUCAGGAAGACGAAACUAAACAAGAUUUAGAUGAUGUUGGUAUACCCGUGGGGGAUGUAGAGAGUAAUCCUACACUAAAUGAGGUAUUAACAAUGGAUGAGCGACAGUGGCUAGUUCAAGUGACACAGUGGGAGAAAGAGGCGUGGAUCAAAGUUCAUGAUGAAAUUGCGGAGCGCAUGUGGACAGACACCCAAAUGAAUAGUGAGAUGUCUGACAAUUGGGUAAGUAGUACACCUACACCGACGCAGUCCCCGGCGAGGUCUCCAGUUCUACCGACACGUUUUUCUCCACGCGAGAAGACUGUAAAAUCACUUGUUGAGCCUCUAUUGCGAGCUGCAAAGAUCAAGUGGACCAGAACAAUGGAUCAGAUAUUAUUCAAUACGUUGUUGGAGCAAAUUGCUUUGGGUCGAAAGGUGGAUAAUGGAUUUAAGAGAGAAGCAUAUCAUGCGGCCGCUGAGGAGGUGUCUAGGAGGACUGAAAUAUUGGUAAACUGGCAAAACGUCCAAAACCGAUUGCGGUAUCAUAAGCGAGAGUACAACGAUGUGAAAGACAUGUUGGCCGCAAGUGGUUUUGCGUGGGAUAGCGAGCGUAUGGUUGUCACAGCCCCAGACGAGGUAUGGGAAGAGUACCUCAAGACGCAUCCAAGAGCAGAAAAACUACGUGGGAAGCGGAUAGAACGAUUGGACGAUUUAGCGACGAUUGUAGGUACAGACCAUGCAACAGGUUGCUACGCCCAAGGAAGCAGGAACAUGGUCGCAGCUUCAUCUCGUGUUCAACGAGAUCUAAAUGAAGCAUGGACUGACCUGGACGAUGACACCGAUGCACAUAUCGAUAUUUCCGAGGAUAAUCUCGGGGAUUCAGCUGGGAAUUUUCGAGCUUCGAAUGAAAGCCAUAAGGAAUCUGAAAAUCGCUCAUUCCGCAACACUCCCAGUCGAGGAACCGAAUGUGGGAGUAGUCGUGGUGGGAGUACGACAACGAAACGGAUGCGUACUGCUUGUCCCUGUGACGUCCUCGGGGUAUCUCUGGAUGGGGUGGCAGAGGCAAUGCAAAAAUUUAGACUUGGUAAAGAGGUCAACCGUAAUACUAAAGUACUAGAUCUCCUCGAGGAGGUUCAGGGACUGACCAACCCAGAGUUCAUCGAGGUUGGUGGGCUGCUGACCAAGGAUGAGAAGCUCGCAUCCUUUUUCGUAAGUCUUCGACCAGAGCGGAGGGUCGAUUGGUUGAAGAAAACUUUGUCUGAUUUCAAUAGAAAUGUUGGUGGGGGUUCUGCUUGAUGGUUGCAACAACAUUAAUUAGAUUUCGUUUUGGAUAAUUUCAAUAUCAGGAUAUGUAAUAACUAUAUACACAUUCUACACUUAUUUUUUUGGUAACCAUCAGUUUUUAGGGUUUUUGGAUAUUUACCA